AUGAUUGGCUACCAUGAUGCCUCAAGUGCCCUUACCCUCCUGAUCCUCCUGACAGGGGCCUCUUUCCUCAAUCUGUCCACCUCCAGCCCUGUGAACACCCUUCGCCUCACUGAUAGCCUGCACAGGGUCUCAUCUUCUGGGCUGGCAGUGGUGGGAAACAGGGAAAGGCGGGCUGAGGAGAAUGGAUCAAUGCAAACAGGAGGGGAGGGAGUAGAGGAGGAGGAAGAAGAUGAGGAUGAGGAUGAGCUCUUUAAAGAUGUGGAUCCCAAAACACUUGCAGCGGUUCUACUGGAAGCACUGAAUAAGCCACAGAUGGAGAGAAGGAGGGAAGGAGAUGAGGGUGAGGGGACAGAAGAAGAGGAGAAGGAAGAGAGGGAGGAGGCAACAAAAGAGAAUGAAAAAGCAAAGGAAGUUAGAGCAAUGGAUGGAGUGAACCGAGACCGAGACAGAAAUGGACGACAGGAGUUAGAGCUCAUGAUGGCUGCGCAGGGGAGGGAGGAGCGAGAAAGGGAGGAGGAGGAGGAAAGAAGGAAAGCACAAGAAGAAGAGGAGAAGCUAACAGAGAGGGUGACCAGUCGCACCAUAAGCCAGACAGUUCCAGUGAAAACAGAGCAGCAGUCCACCACUACAGAUGAGGGAGGAGAGGAGAUAUUAGGGAAGGAUGCUGCCUUCCAGCAAGGGCCAACCAGCCUCAGUGAGUCCCAGCAACAAGGAGACCAAAACACAGAUGAAGAGGAGGAGCAGCUAAACCCAGAGGAGCUGAAGAACCUGGAGACUAUGAUGAAGGAGUUUCCAAGUCUAAGCACAGCCAGUAAGAUCGUGAGAGAUUCUCAGCAGCAUCAGCGAGAGAGCAGAGGUUACAGCCCCUACAAUGACAUCAUACCAGAUAAUAAAGGCUACGAUCUUGCAAUGUCGAAGAAGAAACUGAAAUGGCAAGAGGAGACGCAGAAAGCAAUGACUUUUCCUACAUUCCGGGGAGGCAAUUUUAUGGAUGAGUUUGAAGAUAACAAUUUCAACAACGCUGGCAGUAAUGCAGUACAGCAACUGCCUCCAGCAGAGAAUGACGUGAUGGAAGAUGAUGAGCCAGAGGAGGCAGAGGACGAAGAAGAGGUGUUGAGUCCUGAGGAGGAGGAGGCUCGAGCCAAAGCAGAGCAGGAGGAGGUGAGGAGGCAGGCUGCUGAGGCACAGAGAGCCAAGAUGGAGGAGGAGAAGUUGGCAGACAUUGCCUCUGACAUGCUGCUCCAGUACAUGGUCAAGCAAAAUAAUGGAAACAGGAAGGACAGGGACCAAAAUAGGAAGUAUUCCUCUUUGUCCAAUGCAGCAGAAGACAAACGGUCUGAUGAAGAGCAAGAGGUGAUGGAGGAGGAUGACGACAUUGAUCCUCAGACCAUUGACAAACUGAUUGAGAUCUCCAGCAAACUCCACCUUCCUGCUGACGAUGUGGUAGAUAUCAUCAGUGAUGUGGAGAAAAAGAAGAAGAAAGACGUGCCUCCCGAAAUGGCAUCACCUUGGCAACGACCCUUAAUGCCCCUAUCCUCGUCAUCCUCAUCUACUAAUGGCGUUUCAGCUUCACAGAUCCCAAACAAUCGAAAUACUUUCUUGUCUAAGCAAACCUCUCCAGCUGUCAAUCCCCUAAAAGCUUGGUUCCAGGAGAGACCACCAACCAAAUCAUCACUGGGCAACCAGGACCUUUGGAUCAAACCUUCAAAGCCGAUGUCCGGCAAUCAAGAACGUUGGCCCAAACUUCAGAAGCCUCUAUCAACCAAUCAGGAUCUCUGGCUCAAACCACAGAAGUCCUUUUGGACCAGCUACCCUCCUUAUUCCACUUACCCAUCCUACUAUCAAAAGAAGCCCUAUCGAGGUUACUAUCCCAUUUAUUUUCCCCCUCCUUCAAAACCCAAAUUCCGUUACUAUGUUCCAAAGCCUGCUCUCAACCUCAACAGCUUCCUUGGGAAUUCAGCAGACUAUGACUAUUAUUCCCCCCCUAAACGUCGUUUCCGCAACUGGGUUCAACCCAGGCUGAGAAAGCCCCCUGCAAACCUCCAGCAGAGCUACUACAGCAAUUAUGUCCUCCCGUCAUACACCCGGACAUUUCAGCCCUUACCAAUUCCCAAACCACGCUCCGCAUCCCGAAUGGCAGUGAUCCCCCGUCAUCAACCGCAGUACUAUUACUCACCUGCGGCACCUAUAGUGACCAGGGAUGAAGAUUACUAUAGUUCUCAGAGUGGGAGGCAGGCGGACAAAGGAAAAGAUGACGAUCUGGAGAAAUACAUUCAGGAGAUACUAAUGAAACAACCACGGAUGUUUGAAUGAAGGUGGGAUGAGAUGAGAAGAGAAAGAGUGUGGGUGGGAAGGAGGGAGAGGAGGCAAGAUGAAAGGGAAAGACUAGUUAUUUAU